CUUCUCAGAGUAACCAACAACACAGUAGGCUACACUACAGUUAUAUAGCUUAUAUUAAACUUUGAAGCUACAUAGCAAGUUCUAUAUUGCAUCUCUAUAACCUCUAAGCCAUAUAACGUCCUUAGAGGCUUUAAAAGAGCAAGGAACAAGCUUGCAAGUCAAACCAAGCUGCUAGACUACUCCCACUCUGCAAGAAAAAAGGGGGUGGGGCUGCUGUCAGUAAGAUUUUACAAAAAGAUCUACAGUGGAGAAGCAAGCCAUGAGAACUCCAAGUUUAUUGUUGGUAUCAGUGCUACUAGCUUGCUACUUCAAGCUCAAUGAGGGACAAGGAAGCUAUCCGCCAUUUACAAGUGUGGCUACAUACAGACCAGUCAUGGCUUCUUCAGAAUGUGGUGGAGGAGAGACAGUGGAAAAUUUCUGCGAGUUUACAACAGAUGCAACAGCCUCUCUCGCCCCAAACUGCAUGGAAGCAGUCUGCAAUGGAACCUGUCCGUAUGGCUCUACAUCGCCGGCAGCUAUUCCAUUAGCUACAUUGGGGACCUUUAGUGUGGGCGUUACCACGGUGGUGGGCAGGCCAUCGACAACCACAAGUGCUCUACGCUUUGACAACGCAUCCAUCACUGUUCCUGGCUCUAGAGUAGCUCUAGUGGGUGAUGCAGGCUUCUCAUUCUCAGCAUGGAUCAACCAGGACCCUGGAAACACUGGUGCUCUGAUCUCAAAGUCCAACAGUGAUUCUUCGGAGAGAAACUAUGCUAUCUCUAUCAGCGAGACAUCCAUCACUCUCGACUAUCUUCAUGCGUCCAUACCUCUCACUAAUACACAGAGGUUUAGUACCGUUAGCGUUGAGGGGGUGCUCCUUGACCCCGCCCACUGGCACCUUGUCACUGUGACUGUGUACGAUGUGGACGCAGUGUUUUAUGUGAACGCGAGUGUGGUGGGUGUGAGAGUGUUGAAUGGUCCCAUCCAGGACACGGUGGUGAGGGACGUGUUGCUAGGACAACUGUCUCCAGGUGUUAGGUUCUUUAAUGGACUUAUGCAGGAUAUCUCCUACUACACCAGAGCGCUCACUGUCAGGGAGGUGACGGAGCUGUACACAGGGACUUUCCCCAACAUCCAUCUCUCCUCUGAGUGUCACUGUCCCCCCUCACACCCACUCAUCGCACCUAAUGAAGCCGUGUGUGUGCAGCAGCCGGGGGUUGGUUUGCCAUCCAGGGGUGCUGCAGAGAGGCUCAACCCACUCACCCACCCGCCUAGCUUUGCUAACGACUUUGCUACGUCCAGGGGUUGGAUAUCGUCACCAGGGCAACGGGACGUAAACAUCACAUUCACUCUUACAGAUUCUCUGUAUGAGCUCAUCUUCAUCAAUAUCCGCUACGGAUCACCACGCCCCAGAGCCUCCGUGUGGGAGACAUCACGUGAUGGAGGAAUGACCUUUGAACCAGUGCAGUAUUACGCCAAUGAUUGUAUGCUCUAUUUUGGUCUCCCUGACAAUGGGCCGAUAGUCAAUGCUGAUGAUGUCAACUGCAUCACAACCACAUCUCUACAAACACCCACCACCAAUGGCGAUGUUCGUACCCACUUCCUCAACCAAGCCCGUACCUCAAACUUUGACCUCAACACCAGCCCAGAGUUGCGACAGUUCAUCUUAGCCUCUCAUUUCCGUCUGAGGUUUAUUGACUUCUUUGAGAGCUCCACUACUGUUGCCCAUCGCUAUUACAGCAUUCUGGAGGCUACAGUAGUAGCAAGGUGUGCUUGCAAUGGCCACUCUGCUCGAUGUGGCGCUGACAUCGACUCAGUGUGCGACUGCGUGCACAACACUCAAGGAUUAAACUGCGAGCAAUGUCUGCCCUUCUUCAAUGACAAGCCAUGGCAGUACGGGAUCACAGACAACGCGUUCCCGUGUAAACCAUGUGACUGCAACGGCCAUUCCACCAGCUGUCGUUAUGAUUCAACCGUUGAUCCCUUCCCUGAUAGCUACGAUCUCGGUGGAGGUGGAGUCUGCGAUAAUUGCCAAGACAACACUGCUGGUCCUAGCUGUGAGACAUGUGCAGUGGGCUACUUUGCACCCUCAGGGACUCUCCCCUCUGACCCCACCCCGUGUAUCGCAUGUGGAUGUAAUGCCGAUGGAAUCACCGACGCUAUCGGAGACUGCGCUAAAGGUCAAGGUUCAGGCGGCGAAAUUCUCGGCCAGUGUUCGUGCAAACCUCGAGUGACAGGCCUGAAAUGCGAUACCUGUGAGGUUGGAUUCUUUAAUCUCAUAGUCACCGAUCCUGAGGGUUGCACUCCCUGUGGUUGUAAUACCGACGGCACUUUCGAAGCCGUGGAUACGUGCAAUUCGAUUGGAGAUUGCCCCUGUAAGACAAACGUUAUGGGGGCCAAGUGCGAUCAGUGCAGACUCGGAACGACUAAUUUGACCGCGAGUAAUGUGGGCGGAUGUGAUGCGUGUGGGUGUGACUCUGUGGGAUCAGCCAAUUUGAACUGUGACCCUAUAACGGGCAUGUGCGAGUGUAAGCCUGGUGUGGGGGGUGUGCGAUGUGACGCAUGUUUGCCGGGCUUUUUUGGCUUCUCGGAGAGUGGGUGUGAGCGUUGUGAGUGUGUGCCUGAGGGCGCUCUCAAUAACGUCUGCGACUCAGUCACAGGUGUGUGCUCAUGUGCCGAUAAUGUGUUUGGUGAUCGAUGUGAUGCUUGUGAAGAUGGAUUUUACAACGUGACAGCCGGAUGUAUGUCAUGUGACUGCGAUACAGCUGGAACUGAGAACGAAACAAGUGUAUGUGAUAAAACGACUGGACUCUGCCCUUGUAAGAUUAACGUUGAGGGGGAGAAAUGUGAUAGCUGUCUACCAGGAUUCUCAAAUCUGAUUGGCUCAAAUCCCGACGGAUGUUCAGCAUGUGAUUGUUUCGGGCCUAAUACAAACAAUGCGGGUGUUGUAUGUAACCCAGUUACGUUGCAGUGUGAGUGCGGUGCUACGGCAACUGGAUUGAGAUGCGAAUCAUGCGUGACCAGUUUUUAUCAGACGGACACUGGCUGUGUGUCAUGUGACUGUGUAUCUGGUGGAUCUCUGAGUGAUGAGUGUGAUGCUGUGACGGGACAGUGUGAGUGUGGGAGUGUGGGCGUGGCUGGACGAAGGUGUGACACCUGCCUACCAGGAUUCUUCCAAUUCCCAACCUGUUCCUCAUGUGGGUGUGACCUUGCCGGCUCUGUAGAGGGUACGCUGUGUGACCCUGUCACUGGAGUGUGCAGCUGCAAACAGUACGUCACUGGGACGCUCUGUGACAGCUGUGUCCCCGGGUUCCAACAGCUGGAGGCUAGCAACCCCUUCGGAUGCUCUGCACAGCCUGAUGAGCAAGCCCCACCCACUGUGAUGCCCUCCUCCGCCACCUCUGUCCUCAUCACCUGGCUCGAGCCCGAGGCACCGAAUGGACUCAUUAUUAGCUACACUGUCUAUCGUGACGGCUCUCCGGUUGCCACGGUUACCACCCUCAACUAUACCGAUAAUAAUCUCAUCCCAAAUACCCGAUAUCGAUAUUCCAUUGAAGCGGCCAACUCUGUGGGUGCUACAGCCAGCGUAGAGGUCGAAGUUCAAACGCUCGAAGGUAUCCCUGAGGGAAUAGAUCCUCCUACGCUCACUGUAUUGUCACCAUAUAGUGUACGAGUAUUGUGGGUGGAGCCAGCCACGCCCAAUGGGGGUGUGGUCCGUUAUGAAGGCGUCAUUGUGCAAUUAGGAUCUGAGCAAAUUAUCAUCGAGGAGACUAGCGUGUUUAACACGACAGGAGAUGUUUUUUCAACUGUUGUUUCUGAGCUAACUCCUUUCACUGUUUAUUACUUCAUCAUUCGAGCGUGUACAUCCGGUGGGUGUGGCUCAAGUGAACUUUUUGCAGAAGUUCAGACCUUGCAAGCCCCUCCCACCUUUCAACCUGCACCGAAUGUGACGACCAUCUCCUCGCAAGAAUUGCUUGUAAAUUGGGUGGUUCCCCCAAUCCCCAACGGUGUAGUGUCCCACUACGAAGUGUUCCUGAGGGAUUUCCCCUUUAGCGGAGAGGGAGUGUCCCUAACCAAUACCUCUGAGCUGUCGUUCCUGGCUCAAGGCCUGAGGCCGUUUGCAGCGUACGAGUUCAGUGUCGCUUCGUUCACAGCUGGAGGAGGUGUGCUCAGCGACUGGGUGCAAGGGACUACUGCCGAGGAUGCUCCAGAGGGUGUAGUCCCCCCCACGAUCACCCCCCACAGUGCUACAUCUCUGCAGCUCUCAUGGAGGGAGCCUACCUCUCCCAAUGGCAUCAUCCGUCGCUAUGGCAUCUAUCAAGUUACCAUGGGAGUCAACCAACUAGUUGGCGAUUACGCGACAGACCCUGGGACUAUCAUACUGAACAAUCUUUCAUCAUUUACUGAGUACAGCUUCUUACUGGAGGUCUGUACGGCUAUUGGCUGCACUAACAGUGACGUAGUUACUAUGGCAACCCUAGAAGGAGAUCCGAUUGGUCAAUCUGAUCCCACUGUCGUCAACGUGACCUCCACCUCUGUCUCCUUUUCGUGGGCGGGGCCUAAUCAACCGAACGGCAUCAUCACCGAAUAUUCUGUUAGUAGAAGGCGCUCCUCUGCCACCCCCCUUGAACAAGAUGUGGGUGUGGCUUUCUACGGCACUGGACUUGCCAGCUUUGCAGCUGGAGUUGCCAAUUUGGGCAGUUUUUCCAACGAGAUUCGAUUGACGUUUCGCACGCUUGUCCCUCAAGGCGUUAUACUCUACUACAUCAACCAGGCUGGAUCUGACCUCCUAGCGAUUGAACUGAGAGGUGGUGUCCCAUAUUUCAUCUUUGAUGCCGGCACUGGUAGUGCGGAGAUUGCGCCUGUUGUACAGUCGGGCAUGACAUUCAGUGAUGGCGAAUGGCAUAGUCUGAUCGCAACUCAGAAUGGCAGGACUGGUUCCAUUCUAGUAGAUGGUAUGUACAGCGGGACUGGAAUGUCCCCCGGCCAGGACAGUGUCAUCGCAAGUUCACAGGCCCUACACAUUGGGGGAAUCCCCUCCGCGGCACCCCUGAGCACCAUAGAAGGUGGGGCCACUCUGAGCAGAAGUCGUUUUGCCGGCUGUCUGUUUAAUGUAGUUCUAAACGGAGAGGAAGUAGAUUUAACUCAAUCGUCAUCUAGCGAAGGAGUAGACGUUGUCAACGGAUGUCCGGUAGACGUGGGAAGUGGGUGGAGACUUGUGGGGAACGGGUACGUUGCAUUGGAGGAGAAUUCCAUCAGUCACUCUGAUUUUUCAUUGACCUUUGAACUGCACACUUUGGACUCUGACGCUCUAGUUUUAUUCGCUUAUAGUGCCGAUCUUGAAAAUGCUCUUGGUAUUGAAAUCCGAAACUCCUCGCUCUAUGUUGUUGCCCGUGGCAACGGAACCAGAUACAUUUUGAUUGGUCGCCAGCAUGCCCCCUGUGCAACGAACAAUUUAUCCAUACGUUUGACUGUAAAUGGAACGACAGUUUCGAUCAGUACGCUCGGAGAAGAUAGUUACAUCGUGACGAAUUUGUGGCCUGUUACCAUUCUUACGUCAGCUGUGUAUUUUGGGGGUGUUCCUAGGGGAAGUCCCGGCUAUGCUCUGGCUGUGCAGCUGGGCCUCAACGUUGCUACUCGGCUCAGUGGAUGUAUGAGAAGUGUGGAGCUGGUGUCAGGUGGUGUGGGCGUGGGCGUGAGUGUGGGUGACUCGUCUCAGGUUAGAUUUGAUGGGUGUGGCCUCACCAGAGGAAGUGGGUGUGUCUCUCCAGUGGAUGUCAAUGUUGGUACAGGAAUGUCUUAUACUGACGCACCAUUGGAGUCGUUCACAGAUUACCUUCAUCGUGUGAGUGCCAGUAACUCUGUUGGAACAGCUGUGAGUGGGUGGGUUGCUACGACAACACUCCCCGGAGUGCCGGCUCUGGUGACUGUUUCCCUGGUAGCUAAUACAACUGACUCUCUCUCCGUCACGUGGACAAGACCCAGUGUCACCAGAGGCUUGAUUACAUCAUAUGACAUCACAGCCCUCCCUACGAGCACAGUUGGUCUCCCUUCUCCCCUCGGCAGUGUAUCUGUGAGCUCAUUGGUCGUAUCGUCACCAGAGAUGGUUCUCGUGGCAACGCUGAGUGGUCUGGAGCCUGCUACUACUUACGAGGUCACAGCUACAGCCUUCACCCGUGGGGGGGCUAGUACAGGACCCCCCACCAAGCUCAGCACUGGGGAAGCAGUACCGGUUGGUGUUCAAGCUCCAAUGGUAACCCUUGUGGAGUCACGGCAACUCGGUAUCGCUUGGCAACAGCCCACCAUCCCCAACGGCAUCAUCGUGCGUUUCGACUUGUUUUUAGAUGGUGAAAUUCGAUUCUCUGGCCCCAAUAACUCCACAAUCAUCAGUUCUCUAUCUCCUUUCACUGAGUACUCACUUCUCCUACAAGCGUGCACUAGUGUGGGGUGCUCCAGCAGCGCCAUGGUAACCGGACAGACACUACCAGAUCAACCAAUGGGAUUGGCUGCUCCUAAUCUCACCGCUCUCAGUCCGAGCUCGAUAGAGGCCGUAUGGGACUUUCCCCAAGAACCGAACGGAGCCAUUUUAAGGUUCGAACUUCGACAACUUUUCGGCCCAGAGCAAUCCCAGUUCAUUGUUGUAUUUAACGGAUUGGGACUUGAGACCACUCUUACUGGUUUAACCCCGAACACACUGUAUACUUACCAGCUGGUGGUAUUCAAUGCAGGGGGUAAUGGGGUCAGCGAUACCGCGAGUGUGGUGACUCUAGAGGGGGUCCCUGAUGGCGUUAUACCCCCCACAGUGCUCGUUGUCAACUCAACCACUCUUAAUAUCACAUGGUUCGAACCGACCAUCCCUAAUGGCGUUAUCACCGAGUACAUUUUAUUACAAAAUGGGACAACUAUUUUCUCCGGACUCACCUUCUAUUUCGUCGUUUCCGACCUUCAACCCUUCAGCUUCUACUCGUACUCUAUCAUGGCGUGUACUGUACGUAACUGCAGCUCUAGCGCACCCACGGUUACCAUGACGCCAGAAGCCCGUCCAACCGGUUAUAUACCCCCCACAGUCGUAACCAUCACGCCCACAUCUAUCCAACUCCUCAUUAAUCCCGUCAUCUCCCCCAACGGAAUUGUUACGUACAUCCUCACACUUAGUGAUUCGCCUGACCCGCUGUACAAUAGUUCCGUCCCCUCGACUGUCACUAUUGACAACCUGAGACCGUUCACCGAGUACAGCUUGGUCCUGGUGGUUAGUAACAGUGCUGGAUCACUCAUUGGUCCCUCGUUUUCCCUCACUACGCAGCCCUCAGUCCCCGAAGAUCUAGCUCCAUCCACUGUCACUGCUCUCAAUGCUACCACCUUCCGAGUGGACUGGACUCCGCCCACCUCACCAAACGGGUUGAUCCAGUCAUACGAGAUCAUCCUCAGCGGUGAUGGUGCAACAGAGGUGUUGGAACAAGGCUUGUCGUUAGCGAGUGUUCUCAAUGGACUACGACCUUUCACUGUCUACUAUGUAAUCAUCAGAGCAAACAACACGGUGGGUAGCGUCGUCUCUAUGGCAACCAACUUUACAACAGGCGAAACAGCACCUGCUGGGUUUGAUCGCAUUGUUCCCCUGGAGAUCAGCUCCCGCUACAUUCUCCUCUCCUGGGACGAGCCGGCCGCUACUAACGGGAUCCUCGUCAACUACACUGUCCUCGUAGGGGGUGUGGUCUUAACCACCAGGCCUCCCUCCGUGCUGGUGUACAAUGUGACGUCCCUGAGUCCAUUCACUGGCUACAGCUUCACGGUGCAGGCCUGUACUUCAGUGGGCUGUGUGGAGAGUCCAGUGCUGUCUCUAGUCACCGACCAAGACAUUCCCGAGGGACUAUCAGAGCUGUCCGUCACCUUUGUCAGUGGGCGUGUUCUCAUCACUUGGACCACACCCACAAGUCCCAAUGGGAUCAUAAGUGAAUACCGUGUUGAGAGGACCACCCCCUCUGUUGCUAACAUCUCAUUGGUCGGAACACUAACGGUGGAGCCAUUUGUGGUUGCUGACAUCAACGUUCGUCCGUUCACAAUGUACAUGUAUCGACUGGUGGUCGAGAAUGGAGGGGGCAUGGCUGUGGGGGCGUUCACGAGCGUCACAACUCCACAAACUGCUCCUGAAGGUGUUCUCUCUCCUGCCCUUGAGGCGAUAUUGUCCACAGCUGUCACUGUGACCUUUAACCCUCCUCUCACACCUAACGGCAUUGUCACCAUGUACACCAUCACACGCCUCACACCUCUCACAACCUUCUCCUUCACACCGCAAUCACUUCCCAACGACACAAACCAAUUCACCUUCAACGACAACACCCUCACACCUUACACUACUUACACGUACACACUGGAGGUGUGCACUAUGGGAGGCUGUGCUGUUAGUGACCCCUCAUCUGUACGGACGCUGGAGGACACACCUACUGGUGUUGCUAUGCCGACUGUUGUCAUGGUGAGCUCCGAGGAGUUAGAAGUGACAUGGAUGGAUCCAAAUAUGCCAAAUGGUAUUAUUCUGAGUUUUGAUCUUCUGAGGAAAUUUGUCGGCUUUGAAAUAUCACCUAGUCCAAUAAACUGUUGCGAGGAGUACUUGUCAAACCGGUUGAACCAGUCAGACAAGUGUGAUUAUGUGACCUCUACAGACUUUAACGAUACCUCCUUUACGGACUCUGAACUUCGACCUUUCACCUACUAUCAAUACUGUAUCAUCGUCACCAAUAGUGCUGGCUCAGCAUUUAGUGAAGAGACCACACCCACUCGUACUGACCCUGCCCCCAUGCCACUACGAGGUCCGACACUCAAUGCCACCACUCUCAAUAGUACGGCCAUCGAGCUUCGCUGGACCUCAGUCAAUGUGGACACUCUCCUAGGACCUUUAGAAGGGUACUCAGUUUUCGGGGGGAUUUCAGGUUCUCCUGGUUUUGGGGUGGAGCUAUUUUCGGGACUGGAGUUGAGUUUUGUGGCCACUGGACUUAUUGCGAGUACUGAGUACGUAUUUGUGGUUUCCGUUAGCAACGGCGAGGGAGUGGCUUUCAGUAACAACAACACAGCCAUCACUGAGGAAGGAAUCCCGGCUGAGCUGAGUGCUCCUGUGGUGACAGCUGUGUCGGACACCUCCCUCUCCGUCACCUUCUCAGAGCCAGCUGAGCCAAACGGUGUCAUCAUCCUCUACACAAUCUAUCUUGACACCAUGGUAGUGGCCAAUGCAACGGCCCCAGGCACACUCUUCCUCACUAGCCUCACACCUUACACACUCUACAUUGUACAAGUGGAGGCGUGCACACAGUUCGGAUGCACUGCCAGCGAUCUGGUUGCCAUGAGAACACUAGAAGGAGCUCCGUCUGGUCUGGCCUCCCCCUUUGUCACCAUCACUGGGCCCACCUCCGCCAACAUCACAUGGGGUGCUCCUAACCAGCCCAAUGGCGUGAUUACUGAGUAUCAAGUGCUACUCUUCACACAAGGCUCGACUGAAGCCACGUUGUUAUUCUCUGGACUUGAUUUCGCUGUGUCGGUGUCGACUCUUGCUCCAUUCACAACAUACAACUUUCAAGUCGUGACCUUUAACCAAGCCGGAAACGUAUCUAGUGUAUUUACCAGAAGGAUCACAGAUGAAGCCCCACCCACUUUUGUGCCACCCCCCACGGUGAGCGUGCAAUCGUCCAAUGAGAUCGUUCUAACUUGGUCCGAACCCAUCGAAUUGAACGGCAUUUUGAUUAGCUAUCGAGUCUAUCGCGAUAACGAAGCUCUAAUAUCGACCACCCUCCUGACCACCUAUUCUGACAACCGUCUGGAGCCUGCCACUACCUACACCUUCACUCUAGAGGCUUGCACUAAUGGCGGAUGUACGAACAGCUCACAAGUAUCAAAUACAACAUUUGAAGCACUCCCUGAGGGCGUCUCGGACCCAGAACUCGUUAAUAUCGGACCUCGCUCUGCAACUAUCAGAUGGGAAGCUCCAACCAUACCGAAUGGAAUUAUCACAAACUAUAUCUUCACUCUUUUGACAAACGACACUCAGUUAUUUAACGGACUCGCGUUGUCUUUUGAACUUGAUAAUCUGACGCCAUAUACGAACUAUUCGUUGUUAUUGGAGACCUGUAACAGUAUUGGAUGUGUAGCAGGUGCUCGUCUCGAGGUACCCACUCUUCAGGAUAUUCCCGAGGGUUUGGACGCCCCCUCACUAAGAGAUCUAACCUCUACGGAAGUAGCUAUUGAAUGGAGCGCACCUACUGCUCCUAAUGGUGAUAUCAUCACGUACAUACUUCGCCGUGGAAAUGAAUCAUUUCCAAGCGACCCUGAGGUCAUCUUCCGAGGUCUGGCGUUCUCAUUCAACGAUGGUGGACUACUAGCAGCCACUCUCUAUUUCUACACAAUCGAAGCCGUCAACGGGGCUGGCAGUUUAACAAGCACUCGUAGUGAUUUCCAAACCGUUCCAGACCUCCCAGGGGGUAUUUCACCCCCUACAGUCGAGGUUCGCGGAGCUAACGAGAUAUUCGUGUCAUGGUCCGAGCCUACCCUUCCGAAUGGCGAUAUUUCUCGCUACACACUGUUCAUUAAUGGAAAUGGGAUACCGUUGGGAAUUUCGUUUGCAUAUACUGCCAGAGAACUGACUCCGUUUACCGUGUACUCAUUUUACUUUGAGGUCUGUAAUCAAGCUGGAUGUGCAAGUAGCGUGUCUGUCACUGUGGUAACCGAGCAAGCACUUGCCGAGGGAGUAACUCCGCCCACUCUCACCGUCCUGGGUCCUACGUCACUCCGAGUCUCUUGGACACCUCCUCUCUCCCCCAAUGGAGUUAUAUCGAGAUACGAAAUUCGGCGUCGACUUUUCGAGAACAUUUUCACCGAGACCAUUCAACACAGUGGGGACUCUUCUGAUCUCAGCUUCACAAACAUCGGACUUAGUCCUUUCACUAAUUAUGAGUACAGACUGAACGUUUUUAAUGGUGCUGGUAACGUAUUUAGUGACUGGAUUUCGGCCAUGACGACUGAAGAUGUACCGGCUGGUGUUUCAAUACCCAUGAUUGCAGAUGAGGACAUCUUUGCGAGAAAUGUUACAGCUAGUUGGCUCCCACCCUCUGCACUUAAUGGAAUCCUGUUGAACUAUCGUUUAGAGUAUCGUCCUCUUAUUGACCCUACUACAAACUUACCUGGAAGCAUUGUCAUCGUGGGUACUUACCCUACCGAUGUUACCAUGGCUACUGCUGUCGGACUGUUGCCCGUGACAACGUACCAGUUUAGAGUGGUGGCUAUUAAUAGUGCUGGAGAGGGGACGAGUGAUUUUGAGACAAUAAUGUCGAGAGAGGAUGCUCCUGAAGAAAUACAACCAAUUAUUGUGUCUGCCCGAACGGGCACUAGUCUUUCGUUGUCAUGGAAUCCACCUUUAACCCCUAAUGGACAGAUACGAGAUUACAUGUUGUACCUGAACGACGAGCUUGUAUAUGAUAACAGUAUCACCAUGACUACCAUUCAAAACCUUCAACCAUUCACCACUUAUUCUAUUCAGUUAGUUGCCUGCACUUUUGUGGCUUGUGGCUUCGGUGACGUACAGUCCAUAGCAACGGCUACGAUUGCCCCUGCCGACCAACCAGCACCCAGUGUUAUUGCCCUGUCAGCAAGAAGUGUGGAGGUGGUGUGGGACGCUACUAAUCGACCCAAUGGAAUCAUUACAUUGUACGAGAUUCUACGACAAAACGACGGCAAUCCUAACACCAUGGCUACCAUCGCUAGUACAUCAGAUCUCCUAAAUAGACGGUAUAUUGAUACGACUGUUCAACCCGAUACAAGUUAUGAGUAUGCAAUUCGAGCUAUCAACAUUAUUGGUAACACUGUCAGUGACUUCCGUCCAAUCAGAACUCCUGAAGCAGCCCCUGAGGGCGUGUCAGCUCCCAGUCUGAGCGUGCUCAGUAGCACCUCCAUCCUCGUAACAUGGACUCCGCCCUCUCUACCCAAUGGGAUUAUACAAACUUACCGUGUUUUCCGAAGUGGAGGAGGCGUCUUUAAUGUAUCCGUGUACGAUGAUCUAGGCACAACUUUCACUGAUGCUCUGCUUUCCCCGUUUAACGAGUACUCGUAUUUUGUCCAAACCUGUACUCUCGCUGGUUGCACAUCAGGACCACCCUCCUCUGCUACCACGGACGAAGACACACCCACUAACUUACGAUCCCCUCUCCUUUCAGCCGUGUCUGCAACAAGUAUCUCAAUCUCAUGGUCUCCUCCGGACAAUCCAAACGGAGUUAUAAUAUCAUACACAAUCGUUACAACGCCGGGAAACAUUCAAUUGACCACUACUGCUGAUCUGAGUAGAGUCAUCACCAAUCUCUUACCGUUCACAAUAUAUGCCGUCAGUCUUGAGGCUUGCAAUUCUGUAGGCUGUACGCAAUCGGAUGCUGAUGUACGGACGCAAGAGUCUACCCCGCAGUUCCUACGGCCCCCCACACUGAGUGCAAUCAAUGCCACAGCUGUAGAGGCGACAUGGUCGGAACCAUCUCGUCCAAAUGGUAUCAUCAUUCGCUAUAUCCUCAGAAGAGAUGGGAUUACGAUUUUCGACGGAAAUAUGCUAAUGUAUGUGGAGGCUGUUUUGAAUCCGGACACUUCGUAUUCGUACACACUCCAAGCCUUCACUGGAGCAGGGUCUGGGGAGGAGACUAAUCCGACCACUAUCCAAACCCCCAGAGACACGCCAGACGAUAUCCGCCCACCCCUUGCCAUGGCAACCAGCUCAUCUUCAAUACAAGUAUCCUGGACUCCUCCUGGACAACCGAAUGGUGUGAUUCAACGCUAUGUCCUGCUACAAGAUGGAACAGAAGUGUUUACUGGAUUAGGUUUCAUAUACGUUGCUAACGGGCUCCAGUCGUUCACCCAAUAUGUCUUCCAACUGAUGGUGUGUACUAGUACUUGCGGAGAGAGUUCAGAAGUCACUGAGCAGACAUUGGAAGCUCCGCCCACUGGACAAGCACCCCCCACCCUGAUUCGUUAUCGCAACACCACGGUAGCGAUCACCUGGUCACCCCCAUCGUCCCCUAACGGUGUCAUCAUCAGUUACCUCGUAGAGAGAAGACUUGUACCAAGCAGUGACUUCACGCUUAUCUCGAGCCAAUCUGUGUUGAGCUUCCUCGAUCAAGAUGACAUCCUAGUUCCAGCUAUGUCUUACGAGUAUAGGAUCACUGCAAUCAACACUGCCGGACAAGUAGCUAGUGCUCCAAUCAGUGUGACGCUAUUUGAAGCAGCCCCUGAGGGCAUACCUGACAUCCUGGUUACAGAAGUGACUGCUAAUGUCAUCAGUGUGUCCACCACGCCUCCAGCCUCUCCCAAUGGUGCUCUGACUAACUACACACUUUAUAGAAAUGGACGAAUCGAGAAUUCAAUUGCGGCUAAUUUUCAGGCUACUAUUUCGUUCACAUCUUCCAAUCUGGAUCCGUUCACUUCCUAUGCACUCCAUGUAGAGGUGUGUACGAAUGGUGGGUGUGGUCAGAGUGGUGUGAUGAACGUGAGGACGCUGGAAGCCCCGCCCACUGGACAAGCCCCUCCCCAAGCGACUGUACUCUCUGCAAUGUCUAUUAAUCUCUCUUGGUCACCACCCAUCAGUCCCAAUGGACUCAUUGCAGGAUACACACUGUGGUAUCGUACGGCCUGCCCUGCCCCCCCUCAAGCCCUCCUCUCUCUGCCACCCUGCACCGUUGGACCUCGUUCUCUCAUUGUUGCCAACUUCUCCUCCUUUGUCUUCAUGUUCAGUGGGAGUGGCCUAGCCCACCCCCUCCCCUACACUGCUUACCAGUUCAUAGUGGGAGCGGUCAACAGCGUUGGGUCCGUGGAGUCAGCUUACUCAACAGCUGUCAGCACACAAACCAGUCCUCCUGAGGCUGUCCCUGGAGGCCUGGUCUUCAUGAAAGACGAUGUGUCUGGAGUGAUAUUCAUGGAUUGGUUGAGAGCGUUCCAGUUCAACGGACCCUUCCUGACCUCCAGUGUGGAGAGGAACGGAAUCUUGCUAGUCCAGCGUCCAAUCACAUCGUUGAAUCUCACCAACGAACCCAGGGGAAUAUCUCUGACGUACGUGGUCCGAGUGGUGACACAGGCUGGCCAAGCCAGUAUUACCAGAACCACACAACUAGCUAUAGUCGAUACAGUCACUCCCACACCUGAUUCGAGUACGACCACACCGCCCCCUGUAGCCACGGAAACACCGUUCUACCAACAAGCCGCCUUCAUCAUAGGCAUGAUUGUGCUUGGUGUUGUUUUAGUGUUCCUAGUUAUCGCUGUGAUUGUCUUCCUAUUGGUGAGGCCUAAGGGUGACUCCGCCUACAAGGUCCGACCCUCCACGGCACUAAAGGACAUGACGGGUCCCAGUCAGGAGUACAGUAGGAUGGAGCACUCCCCCUCACCUAAACGACUCACACCCUCCCCGAUACCAGUCACCCCCUCCCCCAACCACACAUCAGGCAGCUGGAGCCCAGGGGACCCCUACAAUGGUGACAUCCCAGACUAUGCCUCCGAAGAUCAGGGUGUGGUCGUCACUCCACGGAGGAAGAAGUACACUCCUCGCAGAAUGGAGUCAGCCUCGCUCAUUGAGAACGAGCAUCUACAGCUGCCAGACACUACCAUUUCCAGUCAUGUGUCCCCCGGACAGUUUGUUCCUGCCAGUGAUGAUUUCGGCUCAUUCAAAGCACAACAACACACAACUUUCACAGACACCAAAGUUUAGGCAUUCUUAUAGUUUAGGUACACACAUGUAUGUAGUUAUAAUUACUGCUUUUCAGUUCAUUACUUUAUAUUAAGUGGGUGUGUCUAGGUGCAGCUGCUGUAGCACUGCCAAGAUUGUGCCACGUUAUAGCCAAGUUUGUAACCAUUGAUUUGUUCACCCAACCCGUCAGUGCACCAUAACCAUUAUUAUCUUUCUAUUAUAAA